ACCGUCCGCGCGUAUCCGUGUGUCCGGAGGAUGACCCAAACGAUAAAAACAUAUGUUCAAGCGCGUCAGUUUGGGUCUCCCGUUAGAGAUGCCCUUAGGGUCCCGGGGAUGCGGUUUCUUAGAGUUCAGGGGUGCGGGGCCGCCAAAGCUGGAGAAGGCGGUUCGGAUUAGAGGAAAGUCGGGGCCGGUUGUGGGCUGUGGUCGUGGAGGGUUGGGUAGCGAGGCACCGAGGGAGCGAUGCGGGCCACGUGUGGUGGUGGCAGGUGGCAUGGCCGACGACAGAGGCGGGGGCUUCGCUUAAGAAGAAAAGAGGAAGGAGACGGUGUGGUUAUGGUGGGCCAGGCCCACGAUAGGUGUGUGCAUUUUGUGACGAUUUGACGGAGCAGAAAUUGGGCCAAGUUUUUGAAGCUUGAAGUGAGCCUAGUUGGGCCUAUUGUUUGGAGAACUCGUGGUUCGUGUAUCCAUUGUAGACUUCGUUUUACUCCCCCCAAAAGAAAAAUCAUGAGAAACUUUGUAGGCUGGACAAGAAGAAAGAAAGGGAAACAAAGCGUGUCCAUUAUUUGAGUCGGAGCCGGAAGCAGACACGAAUACACGAUCGCGAUCUCCUUUUCUGAUCCCCAUAAUAAGCUAGGGAGAUAGUAUAGGCAGAGGAUCCCAAACAAGUCGAAAUCAGACAUGGCGGCGGCACUUCGGCAGGCGGGGAAGAGGCUCGGCGGCGACGUGGUCCAGCGGUCAAGGUCGGCAAUUACGUCGGAGAAGGGGCGGCGGUUGCCGGCAAGGUUCCUCCACAACCCUACCAUGGCGACCGCAGCGGAUGACAGCACCGCGGUGGCCCGCUUCGCCGAGAUCCUGGAGAAGAAGGAGGAGCUGUUCGAUCUCGUCGCAGACUUCCACACAACUUGCAGGACUCCCUUGAGCAUGUCAUGGGGGCACAGCCAGCUGCUGCACCGGCUGUCUACACAGAUCGAGCCGAGACCGAUGGAUCCUUUAUGGCGCGCGUGCCGGAGAGCGCAACGGGAAACCAGCUUCUUCACCGCUCUGGGCAUGUGUACCGCGGGGAUCUCCGGUGUCUACGGUCUGCACUGGUUGAAGAAGAAGUACGCACGAGCUGAAGUCUCAACCAAUGGGGCAUUGCAUCCUUGAAAUUUACCAGGAGCUAGAUAC